UGUAUCUGUUACCCGACAUGUGUGAGGCGGGUUCAGAAGCGGAACUUCUUGCCUGGUUUAAAUUGUUGGUUUGCUCACAGUGUGUUUAUUUCACAGAUUGUCCUUGAUUUUUGUGCCUCUGAAAUUGUUGAGAAAGUUAAAUCACAAGUUAAAUCGUAUCGCAAUUUCUCUGUUCUGAGUGUGAUUGUUAAUAAUAUUUCCGACCGCGUUGUGCUGGGACAAUUACACAUAUUGUAAAAACCGUAACGUCGUUUGGCAGGAUGCUGUCAGUGGACAGAACAAACGGGGCAGGAUUUAAGGCGGAGUUUUCCUGCGACAAGUAAACUGAGUUGCAGAGUGUUUUUUUUCUCAGAGGACAGGAACGUCUUGAAGUGGAGAAGUGGCGCAGACAAAAGGUGGGCUGGCACGUGAUCCACUCCUUUCAAAGAGCCCGCCAUCAUGGCUCGGUACCUGAGGUAUUUCACUACUGUGGGCGAUGAGCAACCAGCUACGUGGGAGGAUGAAGAGUUGCACGUGGCCAGCGAGGAGCUGAGUCCAGCCACCGGGCAAUUUCCAACAACGCUCACCUUCAGGGCCUCACUGCAAAGGCUCUACAGCUCAGACCGCUUUCAGGUGCUGGUAGUGUGUUUGGUAGUCCUGGAUGCCAUCUUUGUUCUGGCAGAGCUGCUCAUAGAUCUAUCCGUUAUCAAGUUGGCACAUGGCCACAUUGUUCCUGAGGUGUUUCACUACCUGAGUUUGGCUCUUCUCACAUUCUUCAUGGUGGAGCUGGCCGGUAAGCUGUAUGCUUACCGCCUGGAGUUCUUUCAGCACAAGUUUGAGGUGUUUGAUGGUGUGGUGGUGGUAGUUUCCUUCAUCCUGGACAUUGUCUUCAUCUUCCACGAGGACGCCUUUGAUGGGAUGGGUCUUCUCAUCCUGCUGCGGCUCUGGAGGGUGGCCAGAAUUAUCAACGGUAUCCUGGUGUCAGUGAAAACACGUGCACAACAGAGAAUCCAUAAGCUGAAGGAGAGCUAUGACCACCUCGUUCAAAGAGUCACAGAGCUGCAGGAGCGCAGUGACAGACUGGAACAAGAGAACCAGAAACUUCAAGCCCUCCUGAAGAAGCAUGGAAUAGACUUCUGACUCGCUAAGCUAACUGUUUUGGAAGUACUGUUCACUGUUGUUUAUAUCAUGUACCUUUUUGCACCAUUUUGUACUGGAACAUUUAAACUACACAUUUCUUGAUGAACUUUCCACUUUAGACCUGAUUUCAGUAUUACUACUUGUUAAGGGAACCGUGAAAAUGGAAACUAGUUGAAGGUCUACAUUUAUUCAAAUGAUAUCCACAUGCUACUGGAUUUUGCUCUACAAAGCUAAAAGGUCAUUACCUUAAUUUGCUCAUAAAUAUUUGAAACAUUCUUCAGACUCAUGUCUUGUACAUAGAAAUUAAUUUACAUCUGCACUUAAAAUACUGUAUGUUGUGUAACAGAAAUAUAUGUAAAAAAAAAAUGUUUUUAUAAUAAUGAAUAAAAAAAUUAAACAUU